AUGCAGUUCAUCGUCCCAUCCCUCCUCCUUCCCCUCGCUCUCGCAGCCCCCUCCCUCGUCUCCCGCGACGACGCAAACUCCACCGCCCCCGAUGCUUCCGCUCUCACUCCCUGGCAAAUCACAUCCCUCAACACACACUCGCCUUCCGGCCGCCCCGGAAACGAUCCCCACUCUACCUUGAACUUCUCUAUCGCCGACACUGCGUCCACUGCCAAGUGCUCCGCGCAAUGGAUCCAAUCCGAAGGCGUGCCAUCUGGUGAAGAGCAGGUCUGCGAGACUGAGAGUGGGGAGGGGUCGUGGAGCUUUGAGUUCAUCGGAGAUAGUGGGCGUGCGUCUAGUUUUGAGAUGAGUGUCAAGCUUGUCGAUGCCGAGGGCAAGACUUUCGUCGCUGAAGGUCCUUUUGCUACAGGCGGAGCUUUGUCUGGCCAGUGCGGUGGAAGCGGCGUUUGCAACUGGAGCUUGAAGGAUGCGCCUUUCGAGUUCCAGCAGAGUGAGCAGUAG